AUCAAGUUGCCCGAAGAGGUGAGAGAGGAUGACGACAAAGUUACGACAACUAGGUACACCCCCAUCGGUAUGGUCGCGGCCAUUUGCCCUUGGGAUUAUAAGAUUAUGGCUAUGAAGUCUAAGUAUUUUAGCUUCAUAAUUCCAGAAACCCUAACUGGAAACUGUAUCAUCGUUAAACCGUUACCCAUCACCCCUUAUUCCAACCUUAAGCUUGUGAAAGUUGCCAAGCAGUCUUUCCACCGGGAGUCGUCCAAGCCGUCGGUGGCGACGCUGAGCUCGGAUCGAAACUGGGGGCGCAUAAACGCAUCCACAACAUUUCGUUUACUGGUUCGAUUCUUACGGGAAAGAGGAUCAUGGCGGCGGCUGCGGCGGCUCUGGAGAGAGUGCUGAUUGGGCUUGGAGGAAAAACGACGCCAGAAUCAUUCUCCCGGACGUGGACCAUUGCCAGAGUGGCCAUGGAAGUCGUUAUCGGUGCUUUCCAUAAUUCGGGC